UCACAGAAAGAAUCUAUAAUCACGCUAUAAUGUAGGCAACGAUCCAUGAAAUUACUCUAAUAAAGAUAGUUAAAGUCAACUUAACUCUUAAAAAAUAUACAAAUUGUAACCAUGUCUGACGCUUUCAAGGUUUCUUUAUCCAUUUCAAAGAAGAGUGACGGUUCUCAGCUGUUUUACAAGAUCGAUGGCGAACGUUUCAAAGAAAACAAGACUAUAAAACUACACGUUGACACCGUAUACAAAGUGACUAUAGACGUUCGGCCUCCUUUGGAUAUAAGCACCGUCAGUUUAAGUGGGAUUAAUGUCGAUGGCACAGCAACAAAGACUGAUUCUCAAUCAAGCUUUUCAGGAACAUGGUCUUCGGGUAUGGUGCAGAAAACAUCCAAUAAAGUCCGGACGUUUCUACCUCUGCACGUACAAUUCGGGGAUGGGAGCUCUAUUCAGAUAUCACUACAGAGCAAACUUUAUAAUUUGAAGGAUAAAACUCAUGUUGUUUGGGGAACACCAUUGAAAUGCAUUGAACUAAAAUGCAGCCGUCGUGAUGGGAUUAACUCAGUUUCAAUUGAUGAUGUUAACUUUAUGUAAUACUGCUGUUCACAAACAUUU